ACUUGAAAUAUCUCAGAUUCAACACUCUCAGCGAUGUCCAACAACGAGGGAACCAAUAAAAAGAGCGGUUAUCGCCUGGAAUACGCGACUUCUGCCAGAGCCAAAUGCAAAGGUCCCAAACCCUGCUCUGGCAGUUCAAUCGCUAAAGGGGAGCUCCGUGUUGGCUUUGUCGUCGAUUUCAGGGGCAACACCAGCUACUCAUGGCGCCAUUGGGGUUGUACGACCGCCAAGGUUAUAUCCAACAUGAAAUCUCAAAUUGCAUCCGCCGAUGAGCUCGAUGGCUUUGACGACCUCAAAGACGAAGACAAAGACCGCCUCCGCAAGGCAUGGGAGGAAGGCAAGGUUGCUGACGAGGAUAUCCCAGAAACAGCAAGGAAAGCUCCUAGAGAAGAGGCUGAAGAAGACGAAGAGAAGCCCAAGAACCCUGCUAUUUAGGUCUGGGAUACUUCGAUCGAUCCGGCACUGCGCAAGUAGGCUCAGAACCUCAGCGUCCUCGUCCGAAUAUUCAGUCAGAAAUAUAAUUGCACGAAAGAAGAGGCACUUCAGGUUCAAAGCUUCAACAACUUGAUCUCAAAGCAGAAAGCUAUUUCCGUGGGUCGUUUAAACGUUUACACUUAACCUACAUGUUGCACCACGAUCACAAUUGCUCUGCUGCUGUGUAUUUAUCUUCACAGAUGCCAGGGAAACGCGACAAGG